CCAGGUCACUGGGCUGGGGAUGCGCGCGCAGCCUGUACUGCUUUCCCGGAAGUGAACUAUUUGGAACCCUGUCGGCUUGUGGACGAUUUUGAUUUUGAGCCGCUAUCAGAGAAUCCAGACUUGCUUUUGAGAAGCUCUAAUAUUGUUCAGAGGAACCUCAAAAUCUCAGAAGUCCUCUUCCAUUCCCAAGGUGAAGUAGACUUUUAAGCCAUAUAUAAUGCCUACAGCUUUGGGGUCCCUGAUUCCUUCAUCUCCACUGAUGAAGCCAGAAGGGGAUUAUUUUUCUGGACAGAAUUUUGACCUGAGAGGGGACAACCCUGAGACAGCUCGACAACACUUCAGGCAAUUUCACUACCAGUUGAUGUCUGGGCCCCAUGAGACUAUGAGACAACUCAGAAAGCUCUGCUUUGGCUGGCUUAGGCCAGAGAUUCACUCAAAGGAGCAGAUCUUGGAAAUGCUGAUGCUGGAACAGUUUCUAAGCAUCUUACCUGGGGAGAUCCAAACCUGGGUGCGGAAACAGUGUCCAAAGAGUGGAGAAGAAGCAGUGACAUUGGUAGAGGGUCUACAGAAAGAUCCUGGGAAAUUGUGGCAGUGGAUCAAAGUCCAAGUGCUGGGACAGGAAGCUGUUUCAGAGGAAAUGGAAUCACCAGAUAUCUCAAUGGAGCCUCAUGCUAAGGUCAUGCUUCUGGAAGAAGGCAUACAGAAUUCACAUUCGGCACUGGAGGAGCAGCUGAACUACAGCAUCAAAGAAGAGUCUGAUAACUCACUGGAGUUUGGUUUGGCAGUUUCCCAUCUUCCUACUCUUCCUGAGGGAAGUCCUACCAGCGACAACAAUGAGGCAGCUUCACUUCUUACACCUGGAUCUCAAGAGCAGUGGCAGUACCUGAAUCACAUUCAGAAAGAAAUUUACUGGGAUGCCAUGCUGGAGGAUUAUGGGAAAGUGGUUUCACUAGGAAUUCCUGUUUCUAAACCAGACCUAACUAACCUGGUAGAUAGAAGGGAAAAGCUUGAUGGAUCACAUUCUCUUGCAAAUGAAGAAAUUCCUAGAAACAUUUGCAUAGGAGACAGGAGAGAGAAUGACAAAGAGAAUCUUCAUUUGGAAAAUAUAAAAGUCCAGGAAUCUCAAAAGAUCUGUUUCCAGCAAACCUCAGAAAAGGUACCUUCACCGGCUUCCUUGAAUGAAUUCAUUGAGGAUGGUCUAAGAAGCUCUGGAGUAAAAAAAGAUCUUAUUAUCCAGGAAAAUCAUCAGGAUAGAAUAAAAGCAGAGAAAAGUCUUUUUUUGGAAAAGAAUUUAGGGAAACUCUUAGGUCAGCAUUUGUCUAGUCCAGUGGAACAAGAUUCUCAAUGGAAGGAGGAAAAGAAAGAGAUCUGCCAGAAAGGCCAGCUGCGCACCCUUGUGGGACAGAAGUAUGUUACAAAUAGAUGUGUUGACUGUGGGAAAAGCUUUGCUCACAAAUCUCAACUUGUCAUUCACCAAAAAAUCCAUACUGGAGAAAGACACCAUCAGUGUUCCACCUGUGGAAAAAGCUUUGGUCGGAGCUCAGACCUUAGGAAACACCAGAGAAUCCACACAGGGGAGAAACCCUAUAAAUGUGAUUAUUGUGGGAAAGGUUUUAGUGAUUUCUCAGGAUUACGUCAUCAUCGAAGAACGCAUACAGGAGAGAAACCAUACAAAUGUUCUAUUUGUGGGAAAAGUUUUAUUCAGGGGUCAAACUUUAAGAGACAUCAGAGGGUUCACACAGGAGAGAAACCUUUUAAGUGCUCUUGCUGUGGGAAAUGCUUCAGCUGGAGCUCAAGCCUUGAUAAACAUCAAAGAUCCCACACAGGAGAAAAAUCUUUUAAAUAACCAAAACGUAGAGAAAUCCCAUUUAAUAGUCCAUUUAAAAAAAUCCAUGUUAUAGAGAAAUAACAUAGAAGGAAUUAUACCCAUUGAUGGAUAUGCCUAAUUUUGGAAACCAUUCCUUCUGAUUGGAUUAAAGGGGAGGUUCUAUAGUCCAUUUUAUCAGCCUAAACAUAGAUAAUGUGGCUCUAGACUUGCUUGUCAGAAAAGAGUCAUUCCCCAACUCACCUCCCAGUGUUGUUUCUUGUGUUCACUUGAAUCUGAUAAGUCACAUAAUUAACCAAAAUCAUUUUACAUGGAUUUAUCUAUCAUCUCAUACCCUCAUUCUUUCUCUGCCUCAUCCCUCUGAGCUCACAUGAAUAGUAGUGGCACUUUUAGGUACAUAGGUGAACCUACAAACUUUCAUGUGCAGUUUAAAGUGAUGAAAGGGUGUCAAGGUAUUCUACUUUACCAAAGCAAAGGUGGGAAAAGCUGAAGAAAUGCAAGACUCAGGAGUUCCCUCUAUUCAAGUGGGAGUGGAUCCUUUAGGAUAAGGAAAACUGUCAGUAGAUGGAGAAUGAGGGAAGGAACUAGGCAUCUGAUAAGGGGGAUGAGAGGGAAACAGUAUGUACAGUCAGUUCAGCAGAAUUUAUAGAUUAAAAGUAUUUUUUUGUAGGGAAGUAGGAGGUGAAAAUUUUUUUUGUAUAUAAGUGGUAAACCCAAAAGGAAAACCGCUUUUGCGAAGGUUGCCCCUAGACUAGUUUCCCUCUCCAAAGGCAGUUUUCCUCAUGUUCCAUUUAGUUAUGUUGAAGAAUCACAUUUUUCUACUUCUCUUCUAACUCCUAUGAUACCAGGGAGAGUGCUUGCUCAAUAAACACUCAUUGUUAGUCCCUAUUGCUCUAUGUAGUCAAAUAAGAUAUUAGGAAAAUUACAUUGUAUUGAAGUCCUCCCCCUUUCCUGUAACCCCUUCCCAAUCUGUUUUUGCUCACAUUACUGACUUUGGGGAGUUUCUCAGGGAUUCUGGAAUACUUAGAGGGAAGUAAAAGGCAAUUAUUUUCAGAGAAAAGGAUCUUUUCCUUAAUUCGCUUCUAGAUUUACUCAUAUUACCCACCCAGCCUAAACAGAAAUCUCUAAGGAGUUCAAGGAGUAGAGAAUAAAACGAGAAUAAUAGUGCUCUGGAGACAAAGAUUUGAACAUUAAAUGUGGGUGAAUAAUGGUCUGAAGCCUUAUUCUUCUAACUUUAAGGGCAUCUUUCUGACCCCUGAUCUAAGGACAGUGCUUAACUUUUCCUCAGCUAAGGGAAAAUGCUUUCACUUUAGCAGUUGAGGUUACAAAAAUCUAUCCUUACAUCCAUUUUAAACAUUUGUUUCCCUUUCUUAUCUUAGCUUAUUGACCAAAGCAACUACCUAAUCAGCAUAGUUUCCCUUAGGAAAUUUGCAACACAGGCCUCAUUGCCUUCAAGAGCUUCUCACAGAAACUAAAUCUGCAAAAGCAAGGCCACACCAGCUAAUACCCAUUUGGAUGGAGCUUCUUUAGUUUUCAGACCAAAUGUCCAAAUAUAAGUGGGUCCCCGCUGACAAGUCUUGUAUACUGGACAAGGAUAGAUAUUUCGAUUGUCUUGCUUGUCCACAGGGACAGCUUUGAUGAAUAUCACAGGCAUGAGUGGAGUCAGAUCCUUCAGUCUAGCCUCUGUGAUAUUUCCAGCCUGAGGAGAAGAGAACAUAAUAGAAUAGCCAUGAAACUGAUCUAUCCCAAUGUUUGUUUACCAAAGGUACCAAGGGAAAUAUGUGAGAAGGUAUGAAUAUUUGUUCUGAGGUCAUCUUAUCCCUCCCUUCCUUUAUUCCUAUUGCUGUUUCUCAAAUACUAGUUCUCACAGUAUUAUUCUAGGCCAAGGGUUGUCAAAUAAUAUCUUGCAGGCCACUUGUUUUUGUUUGGGCUGUGACCCAAAAAUUCUUAGUUUGCUAACCUCUCUCCUAGACUAUUGCAGUAACAUGAUGUCUUCCUGCCUCCUAAUUCAUACUACUUAAUCUUUAUGCAGAUAUCUGGCAGAAUUGCUUUUUUACUCAGAAUUAUUUAGGCUCUCUAUUGCUUAGCAUAUUUAUUUCAAACUCUGUUGUUUGGUAUUCACUGUUUCCUACAAUCUGGACCCACACUACUUUCCUAUAUCAUACUAUUUAUUCUCCAUGGACUCUGUUACUAACCAAACGAGACUUUUUAACAGACCUUUAAAAUUUAUCCUUUAAAAUUUCACCUCUUACAUGUAACUUCCCUCAUGAGAUCUUUUAAUAAUGCUUUCCAGUUAGGACCUAGGACCUCAUAUAAGCACUUUAUUAUAUAAAUUAUUAUUAUGUAAUAAUUUGUGUUUUAUCCUAUUGCUAGAGUCUAAGAGGAGAUACUUUAAUCUAAAUUUAAUAUUUAUUUCCCCCACAGUGUGUAAUUUUUUUUAAAAGGUAGAAAUAUAUCUCAUCAGACACCAGUGUUUUUGAAAAUGUCUUUGAAAGAUACCGGUGUCUAUGUCCAACCUCUAACAUGAGGAGGAAUCAUUUUUAUUAGGCCAAUGUCACAAUUUCAGAUUUGAAAGGGCAGUCUAACCUAACUUACACUAGAAAAUGUAUACCUUUUUAUAACAAACUAGCCUUUUUAGAAUAUUCUAUGUACCUCCUAGUUCUACUACACAAUGCUGUUAUGAUUUUUUUUCACUUUUGGUGAAAAUUUCCGUAAUGUCAUUUUUAAAAUAAAAAAGACAAAAGUAGAACAGAUGAUUUUGAGUAUAAAAAUAGGUAGCAAUUCAAAGUUUGUUUGGCAAAAGGAAAAAUCUGACAAAAAAAUAAGUAAGUAUAUUUAAAAAAAUAGGAAAGAUAGUUUAAAAAAUUAUGUCUAAAUAUUGUGCUUAAUACCAAAGCUUAUGUGUUGGAAAAUAUCUUUAUUUUAUUUAUUGUUUUAGGGUAACCCCUCCCCCCAACUUUAUUCCUUUAAGAAACUUCUGCCACGGUUUCAAAUUUACAGAGCAGAACAAAAUGUAAUGUGUAAUAUUCUAAAGUUUAAGGACUCUAUAGAUAUGUGUUGUAUUGGGCCAGUUUGGAGCUUUCUACCUUCAAUUAUGGCAGUGGGCUUUGUUUGGAAAGGUACUGCUACAAAAUCUUAUGACUGAUAGAAAGUCUAAGAUUGGCAGGUUAUCUAUAUUUAUAUUUCUGAUUAUUUUUAUACCCCUUAAGAGACAUUCAAUCCUCAAAUACCUGUCAUAAAUAGCAUUUUGUUUAAAACCCUUAAUUAUUACCUGUGUAUCCCAACAGGCCCCUUCCAUGAACAGACCAUAGAUAUAGGCCCCUUCCCGAGGUGGGCUACUGAAAUCUUCCCGAUUCUUCUUAGUCACUUCACACUGCAGGGCUAUCUUAUCCAGUGGCCACUUAUUCUUAUGAGCCAUGGACUGCAUGAUGGCCGUUAGGAAUGAUUGGGGGUUAAAAAAUCCUGCUAGCCAGACAGCAGAGGGUAAUGCAAAGUCUCCCAUCCAUCUUUCCAGCUCUUUAAUUCGGGUGAGCAGAUCCACAAUCCAGCUUGCCAGGCCUGCUGUUGAUGGGUAUGCUUUCUUGGCCCACGACGCUGGUACAGUAUCUAGGUACAGAGCUCUCUGUAAGCUCUCCAUGUUGCUGGUCAUUGUUAGCUCACCCUAAGGAUAUAGAGCCAGAAAACUGAGACAGUGAGAAGGCAUAGACAGGAGGACAAUGAAGUAUAUUUAUGCAGUGAGCCAACAUAAAAAACAAACAAACAAACAAACAGACCCUUUUUGUUGAUUCUCAAGGAUGUUUCAUUUGUCAUUACUUACUAGUUUAGAAUUUUUGUGGUAUGUUUUCUAGAGCUUAAUUACAUCAUGCUUGCAGAUACAGUAGUUAGUACCAUGCGAAUGACACCUGAAAUGGUGCAUAGGCAUAUAUAACAGAAUGUCCCCAGAGAUAGCAAAAUUGUGAUAUGUCAGAAUCCUAAAAGAGUUGGCCAGGAGAGUUGUGCUGAAUCUUAGGAGACAAAAUUGGUGACAACAGGAAUUUACUUACCUUCAGACUCAGAUCCAGUUCUUUCAACGAGUGCUGUAUUUCUCUGAUAAGGAGGUUCAUUCUUUCACAUUCUUGAAAGGUAACCACAACGUAGGGGGUACGUUCUUCUACCCUAGCCAUCAACUCUGCAAUGUUAAACUCUUCAGUUAUCUUCUCUAAUAUUUCAUCCAGAAAGGCUUUUACCUGACCCAAGGAGAAACCUAAUCAGUAAUGAAUGGACUAGAAAUCUGAGGCCAUAGGCCCCAUGGGAUUAAUUUUUUCUUUAAACCCUUACCUUAUCAAUACUGGAUGUUGGUUCUAAGGCAUAAGAGUGGUAAGGACUAGGCAAUGGGGGUUAAGUGACUUGCCCAGGGUCACAGAGCUAGGAAGUUUCUGAGGCCAGAUUUGAACCCAGGACCUUCUAUCUCUAGGUCUGGUUCUGAAUCCACUAAGCCACCUAGCUGCACCCCUGGAAUAAUUUUUUUUUUUAAACCCUUACCUUCUGUCUUGGAGUCAAUACUAUGUAUUGGUUCCAAGGCAGAAGAAUGGUAAGGGCUAGGCAAUGGGGGUCAAGUGACUUGCUCAGGGUUAUAAUGCUAGGAAGUGUAUGAGGACUCCCAUCUCUAGGCCUGGUUCUCAAUCCACUGAGCCACCCAGCUGCUCCCUGAGUAAAUUUUUAAAAAAUUGAGGUGACUGAUUUUUUUACCUUGUGACUUAGGGAUGGUGUAAUUAUGUCACAUUAAUAUUAUUUUGUGGUUAUAGAAAUCAGUAAUACUACUAUGCAGUUAGUGUGCACAGUAUUGCCAUACUUCCACUUUACAGAUUGCAUUUCACAGAAAUUGUGAUCUAGCACUCUUUCUGCUACUUCACAUUGCUUGCCUGGGAAGGUAGUUGAUAAACAUUAAAAUGCUCCCAUGAGUUUUAUGUCAAAUAUGAGAGAAGAUAAGAUUUUCAUCCUGCUUUUUUACUCCUGUCACUAAUCACACAUAAAUACUGUUUCCAGGAAAAUGUUGAUGCUAUUAAAAAAAAAAAGAAGGCAAAAACCCUUCUCACAGUUAGAUAUGAGCCUUUGUGUCUCUCAUAGCAGAAAAUGGGAAUCUGAUUUAAAUGACAAAUGGAAGCCAUUACUUGUACUUGGAGAAAAUUGCCAUGAAUACAUCACAAUUCUGUUUCUAGAGCUGAAUCUGGAGAAAACAUAAGUCAUUUGAAUAUUAUCCACAAGGAGAUGCAAAAGAAAAUCUGGUGAGAGCUAAAGUGUAUUUAAUUUCAGUAAAUAUCUUUAAGCUGUAUGAGUGAAAGUUCUUUGGAAGAGUUAGGUAAUUGACAGGCCAGUUAGAGAAAAGUAAAGUAAUUGAAGAGAUUGUAUUUUAAUUAAAAUAUAGGGUCUCAAAAACCCAGGCCUUUUCAAAUUACAAGGAAUGCCACCAUGAAAAAUUGGAAUCCAGAUAUGAAACUUUUAUAAAAAUAUGAUUGUUUUGUUUUGUUUUCUUUAAACAUACUUUUUAAAUGUACAAAGGAACAAGGAAGUUUCAGAUCUCAGAAGUAGCAGAGAAAAGCUAUUCAGUUUUUAUUGAAUAUUGAUAAAGAAGGAAAGAGAAAUGAUUAAAAAACAAGCUUUUCUUGACUGAAAAAGAAAUAUUUAUAGAAAUUUUUUAAAUUGUCAAUAAUAUAUUUUGCCAAUUACACAUAAAAACAAAAUUUUAAAAGCAAUACUUUCUGACAUUUUGAGUUCCAAAUUUUCUCCUUCUGCCCUUCCUGAGAUGGUAAGCAAUUUGAAAUUAUCUAUACAUUUGCUAUCAUUCAAAACAUUUCCAUAUUUAUUAUAUUAUGGAAGAAGAAACAUUAAAAAAACUCAUGAAGAAAAUAAAAGUGGAAGUAUUCUUUGAUCUGCUUUCAGCCAGUUCUUUGGAGGUGGAUAGGAUUUUUCAUUACGAGUCCUUUGGAUCAUUGUAUUCAUCAUGUAGUAUUGCUAUUACUGUAUAUAAUAUUUCAGUAUUCUCUGGGUUCCAAAGCCACAUGAGGGUAUACCGUAGAUGAAACUGCACAAAGACAAUAGUUAUUCUCGAUCACCGAGAGACUACCACUAGACUAUUCUCUGGGUUCUGCUCACUUCACUCUCAAUUCAUGUGUCUUUUCAGGCGAUAAUCAUAUAUCACAACCUUUUUAGUCAUCCCCCAAUUGAUGGACAUCCUUCAAUUUCUAGUUUUUUUUUGCCCCCACUAAAAGAGUUAUAAAAAGUGAUUUUGUACAAAAAAAGCCUUUUCCUCUUUUAAAAAAACCUCUCUUUGGAAUAAAGACCUAGUAUUGCUGUGGCAAAGGGUAUACACAAUUUUAUAGCCCUCUGGGCAUAGUUUUAAGUUGCUCACCAACCCACCAGUGGGUCCUAUUUUUACCAUAUCCCAUUCAACAUUUGUCCUUUACCUUUUCCAUCAUAUUUGCCAACCUGCUAGGUUGUAAGGUGGUACCCCAGAGGCGUUUUAAUUUGCAUUUUUCUCACAUUCACUUCCUAAUAUGCGUUUUCUAAUAUUCAUUUGCAUUUUUAAUCAGUUAUUUGGAGCUUUCCUUUUUCCCUUACAUUCUUUUUAAGUGUCCAUUCUAAGACCGGAGAGUGGCAAGGGCUAGGCAAAUGAGGUUAAGUAACUUGCCCAGGGUCACACAGCCCUGAAGUAUCUGAGGUCACAUUUGAACCCAGGACAAAGAAAAGAAAGAGUGCUUCUAGGCUCUUCUGUUUUUGAAGGGAAAAAAAACAAACCAGAAAACUGGCCUUGGAAAGCAGGAGUUCCAUGCAUGUAUGCAUAGUAAGCAGCUAUUUUUUUUAACCUUAAAGAAACUAAUAGUGAGAAUUGAGUCUUGGAUUGUAGUACUGUAGAGAAAACAAGAUUAACUAUGGAGAUCAAUAAAAAGGCAAGCAAUACUUUAAUCCACUAGGACUUGUAAACAAUUGCUGGAAUCCUACAUUAGUUAAAUAGUGAUUGAACUAGUUGAGUUUCAUGAGUACAAUUAACUUGUUGUAUGUAAUUCUUCAACUCUUCCUCUACCUUUGCAACUAGCAAUUAAAGUGAGUAGUUAAACAUUUAUUUUUAUUUAAUGUUUAUCAGGUGUUUAGACAAACUCCUGGAGUGGUUCUUAUAUAUAUAAAAUUUGAAUGUGUGGCAAAGGAUAGCAGGAUAAGGCCCUGGAGAUACAAAAGAGUGGUACUUGCCAUCAGCAGCAGAGCUAUGAGCUACCUGGGAGCUGCUUUAACAGUGGUUUUCCUUCUAAGGGCACUAAGAGGCAUAAAGACGGCUUAUAUUAACAAACUUUGCCAUGCUUUUGAUUUUCAUGAAAUGUUUUAUUUUAUACCAACUUUUGCUCUAUAAAAAUGUGGUCAGCUUGGAUAUAUGUACUUUUUGGUAUCCUUUUGUAAUCUAAAUGUGCAACAGAACAUUCUGAUUGUUUUAAUAUUGAUUUGGAGGUUCCCUUCUUGGUUCCUGGGAACCCCAAUCCCUGGUCCACUGUUAUAGAUUGUCUCACUGUAGACAUAUAUUAGGAGUCACUUAUUCAAUAUUUUCACUACUUAUAAGUUCUCCAAAGCAGGAAUUUUUAAAAAAAAGUUCAGGACUUGUCUCUCCCUAAGGCCAAUGAGCCUGGUUUUCAUUGUGACAUCCCAGUAUUUUAAAUACCAAUAAGGACAUUAUAACCUAGCAGUUAUAUUGCUGAGAAUAUUGCUAAAGGGGGGAGAAAGCUCCUAAUAUAUAUGUAUAUAAAACUGCUUUAUUUUUAAAAGCAAAACAGCAAAAACUUGUUUGGUGUUCAAGGUUGCAGCUUUCUGCUUCAGAAGAAGGGAAUACAAAAAAGAGCCACUGCAUACUGCCUAUCGAGCACAAGGUCAAAGAAACCAAAUCCUAGCAGGAUUUAUGAGAUUUUUCAGUAAAGACAAAAGGACUUAAACUUGUGUUCAAGGUUGCAGCUGUUUUGACAUUUCACAUUCUAAUGUAAGCUAUUUAAGGGCCAGGACUGUCUUUAGCAUAAUUACUGGAUUACUAGUAAAAUUACUAGUGCUUAAUGCUUGCUGACUGACUGACUCUUGUCAGAUUCAGAUGAAAUUCCACCCUUAUUUGCCCUAUGUCACUCAUUUAUGUCUUAUAUAAGUUCUACAAGAGAUUCAUCCAAUGUAUUGGAAGCAAUUCUAUAUUAAAUAAUUAGCAAUGGUAAGUAAACUUUAUAAGUAUGCAGAUUGCUGUGAAUCUUAAAAUUUCUCAGACUUGUGAAUCUUAAAAAUUCUCAGACUCUACUAUAGAAGAUUUGAUUAAGCUAUUCCCCAUUUUAAAACAAUGAAGGGACUUUGGUCAGGAAGGUGGGAACUCCAACAUUACUCCACCCAUACUUAGGCAUACUUUAGGGGAAGAUAAAGUUAUCAACUCCUUACUGAACAAUGAAAAGUACUCAACCCAUACUUAAAGUGAAGCAAGAACCCUUAAGCUAGGUCUAUUUUUAGAUCUAAUACAAAGGGGUGCUAAGUACCUAUGAAGAUCAAAUUAAUCUAGUCAACUUGCAAAGGACAAGAUUAGUCUACUCAGGUUUGAAUUACUCAAAAGUUUUAGUCUACUAAAGUGUGAAUUAAGAAUGUUCAGUCCUUUGGAAAAUGUCUACAUUGAUUGGUAGAUGUGAAAACUUAAGGGAGGUGACAUAGGAGAAAAUUCUCUUUAAAAAGCAGUCAGAAGGCCUCUGAACGGAGUGCAACUUUUGGUAGCUGAGUUGGAGCUCGGACUAGUUGGAGUAGCUGGAUCUCUGAACACUAGAGUUUUGCUUGGAAGGAUCUUGUGGUGAGUUGAUAAAAGACUGACUAGCCUCUCUUAAGGCUCAGUCCUAGACCAUGUUGGCCUAGGCCCUUCAUAUUAUAUUUCUCUUAUUCUCUCUCCUUUUCCUUAAUUCCUUAAUUUGUAUUAAUUAAAAUCUCCAUAAAACCCAGCUGACUUGGGUAUUUCAUAUUUGGGAAUUUUUCCCAUGGUGACCACUUUAUUUUUAAUAUAAAAUCAAGAAACUAAAAAUUAUCUUACAGUUUUGGCAAUUCAAAGUCUUGAAACCUACAUUUUUGCGGUCACAGUUUAUGGCAACCACUCUUUUGUCUGUAACAUUGCGAAGAUUAAAAAGGAAUAAUAAUACUCUUGUUAAAGCUUUUAGUUUUAUCAAACAUGAUUUUACUACUGAAUUCAGUUCAAUAUUGUUUUGUAUUUGUUGAGAAUAUCAUUAAAUUUGUGAUUUAAUUGAUUACAAAAAUAAGUGGGGAGAUAGAAAAAAUCAUUAUUGAAUAGAUUGUGGUUAGUGAAUGAUGAAUGAAUGAUGGUGAGAAUAUGUGAGUUUAGCAGAGAUAAGUUCAGGAGCUUAGGGUUUGAGUAAGCAGUAGACAAAAAUUAUGCCCUAAAGUAUUUUAUAUUGUCAGGCCAGAUAGUCAGGUACAUUAGGGAGAAUUAUACCCAGAAUGAAAUCCUCCAUUUAAGUCACUCAUUGUACUACCAAAUCAGUUGACUCAAUUCUUAGCAAGGAAAUUCAGUAUUGCUUCCCACCAUUUACCUUUUCUUCUCUUGUGAUCCCUCCUCCAUCUCCAUCUUGGCUGUCCCGAGGCUGCAUUUCUAGCACUGUAUGGAAGAGCUUUUCUGCGGUGUGGGUCAGAAAGCCAAUUUCAGCAUUGGGGUGAAGCCCAUACAAAUAUGGUGACUCUGUUGGCAGCAUGUCAUCAAUGAACUGAAAAAUAAGGAUAUACUCACUAUAUGCUGAAACCGCUGGUGUGAUCUUUUUUCUACCCAAAUGAUUUGAGUUUUGAAGGAAAUUAAAAAGCCAGAACAUGUCAUAGAGAGCAUAUGAUGCUUUAUGUGAUUUAAGUGUUUUAACUAAUGCAAAGAAUCUCAUCUGGGAAAACAGCUCAGUGAAAAUGUGUGUUGGUUACUUGUACUUUUUAGCCUUUCUCCAUUUACCAAUAAGUUAUGCCUUGCAAAUCUUGUCUCUAUCAGUAUCUCCAAAAUAUGUCUCCUACCUCGCAUACUUCAAAAUACUGCAAACUUUAUCAGACUGGAUACGCUAUCACCCUUACAAUAAAUCAAUAAACAUUUAUAAAGUACUUAGAUUCAUGCCUUGUACUAUGCUAGGCACUGGGGAACAAAAAUAGAAAUAAUGAAAUAAUCCCUACUCUCAAGGAGUUUAUAUUCCAGUGUUGGAGACAACAAUCAAAUACACAUACAUACAUGCAUACAUAUAUAUGACAAUAUAUGUAUAUAUACACACACAUAUACAUAUUUGUAUGGACUUGUGUGCACAUAUACACACAAAAAGAAAUCUGAAGAGAUACAAAACAUUUUGAUAUGCUUGAGCUGCAUAUUAAAGGAAGAAGGAUUCUUUGAAGUAGAGUUGAGAAGGGAGUGAAUUCUAAAUAUGGAAGACUGAAAAUACAUGGAACUGGGUUAUGGAGGGCUGUACUUGAGGAACAGGGAAAUGGUUAGUUUGACUAUUGCAAAAUGUGUGUGAGAUUGUAGGGAUUAGUAAUGUACAACAAGGCUGAAAAAAUUGUUGGGAAGAACUUUUAAAUUUAAAGAGAUGAAUGUAUAAUAGGGACUUACAAGAGAUUAUUGAGUACGGAAGUGACAGUCAGAUCUUUGUUAAAGAAAAUUCAUUUUGGUAGCAGUGUAUAUGAAGGGCUAGAUUGAGGAGAAGACUUAGGUAGACAUGCCAGUUAGGAAGCUUCUGCAAUAAUUUAGUUCAAAAGUGAUGAGGCCCUGUGUGAAUAGAAAGGAUUAGAAUGUGAGAGGUAAUGGAGAUAAACAUAACAAGGCUUAGUAGUAGAAGGUGGGAAAUCUAAGGAGAAAUCAUUGUGGGGCAUCUUUUCAGACUAAAAUCACAAGUUUGCCUAGGACAGGUGAUCAGAACAGGAAAAGUACAACAGGAAUGGGCUGGGAUUGUGGACUCAGCCCUCUGCUUCUCCCAGGUAGUGGACAGGGUCAUUAAAAGCAAAUCUAGGACUCAGUUCUAGUCUGUGAAUGAGACUCCAAGUAGAGUAUACCAAAAUAGAUCUGGGGUAUAUCCCAUGCAAAGGACCAGAACCAUUGUGUACCCAGAGCAUAUGAUGGACUCAAUCCUGGUUCACUCAGGAAAACAGCUAAUCACCCUCAACAAAUGGUGAAGUCAGCCCUGGGAUCAGGUCAGCUGGAAGCUUGGGAUCUCAUUAGGGCGCCGAGCUUUCCCAGGGCUAGGUUAGCAUCAAAGCACAGAAUACUUAGAGGUAGUCAUGUAUCUAGUCCUAGUUAAAAGCCAAUAAACAGCAAGGGGUCUUCAAAAGAGGCCUAAUGCAACAGUUCAUACAAAGGCUGGGCCAGCAGCUUGGGUUUCCAAGAGCAGAUUACAGAUUCAGGUCAGGAACCAGAGCAGGGCUUAACCAGACGUAUGACCAGAGUGGUUUGAGCACUUACCCUUGGGCCUGUAAAGAUUAAAAAUAAUAUUCAACAACUCAGUACUAUUUUUUAAAGUUUUAUUAAUAAUAACUAAAGUAAAAAAAAAAACUACCUAAACCCAGCCCGGACACAAGAGAAGAGAGCCAGAGGGAGGAGCUACAGAAUUUAUAAAACAAUAACAUGACCAUGCAAAUGUGCAGGAAAAGGGGAAAAAAUUCUAGGUAAUACUGAAGGAUAUUUUGGGUAAUGCAGUAUAAGGGGUUCAAGAAUUUCCACCUAUACAUUCUUCCCUGUGAUCCUAUUGGGAGAUCAGUCUCCCUACAAGGGAGAUGUAAUUUUACAAUUACAAUUGUAAUUACAAUGUAAAUUGCAAUAUUUGUGAAUAAAAGGAAAAUAAGGGAAAAAGAACAAAACCAAUGACUACUAGGUUGACAAAAAGCCAAGUUGGGGGCAAUCCUCUUUAGAAUAAGAGAGUACAGUCAAAACAAAUACAUUCACUCCCCCCCACCAAGUUCAAUUUAGAACAUCCCAAAGUUCACUCUAUAUCUUCUGGUGUAGAAUAUGGUCUUUGCAGGCAUCUUAAUGGCACCUCCAAUCAGUUCCCUUUCUGGAUUCUGGGAGAUAGUCUCUGGUUUCUUAUCCUAAAAUUACUCUCAAUAGAAUUUAAACAUUGCUUUAUAGGAUUACAGUCCCCCUUGAGGAGGAUGGUGACAAACACAGGGAUCACCGGGGAUGCAUGGUUGAGUUAUGAGGUAUAUGAAUCAAUUGGCAAAAGGAAUAAAAAACAUCAAAAAAUUCAAAUAUCAAAAUCUUUAUGUCUAAAAAAUCUAAAUAAAGGAGAAACAAAUCUAGAACAGGUCCUUGAAGCAGGGUCAAAUUAAAAUGAUAUAAGUAAUUAUGCACUGAACCAAUCAGUUGCCAGGACUACAGAAAGUUUGCCACACUAUGAAAGACAGAAAAGGGACUAGAUUAUAGGAGCCAGAAUGGUGGCCAAAGUGAGGUGCUUGUUAGGACUCAGAGGAAGUCCUGCCUCUGACAUAUGUCAAAACAGCUGUAACCUUGAACACCAAACAAGUUUAAGUCCUCUUGUCUUUACUGAAAAAUCUCAUAAAUCCUACUAGGAUUUGGUUUCUUUGACCUUGUGCUCGAUAGGCAGUAUGCAGUGGCUCUUUUUUGUAUUCCCUUCUUCUGAAGCAGACAGAAUCAUUAAGUAAAGUCCCAUAAUUUUUAAACAAUCAGUGUCAUCAUUUUUACAGUAUAAACAUUUUGGGGUAUACAUUGAUAUUAGGGCAAAUUUAUUUUAAACUUAUAUUACUGCAAAAUCAAAAAAGUUAAAGAAAAUCUUCUCAAUACUGGUGAUAUGUGCUUCAAAUAUAAAAAGAAGAGAAAAAAUAAAACAAGUACUAUAUUGUACAUGCAAGGAAAAACAACAAUAAAAAAGUUUUUAAAAUAAAAAAUAUAUAGCUUACAAUCAGUGACACAGAGUGUUAGCCAAGGAGAGGUAGAAUACAAAGGUUCCUCACCAAAAUGACAUCGAUUUCCUUUUCAAACAUGGCUAUGAACCACUGUGUGAGUGCAAAUGAUUUUCCCACAAAGUAACAGCAAUGUAGUAGAUAAUGCACAUUUAAAGAAAGUACCAAAAACCCCCAAAUUCACAAUAGUCCAGCUAAUGAGAAUAGCAAAUAAAACCACUAUCAUAUAGGAUUCACAUGAGUUUCUGUAUGACUUUAAAAAGACCUAUGAACUGAUGGAUAUAAACAAAAUAUUACUGCCAUUAUUUCAAAAUUUUGCAGAAUUGUCUAGAAAAAACACAGACCUUUGUAUUGUUGAGGAAACCCUUUUGGGUCUAUAACAUCACCAAGAAAUCUAGAUUUUUCUGGUGGAAGUAGAUUCAUGUUUGCAGAAGCUCCUUUUAGCUUCCUGCUUUAUAUAAAGCUUUUUUCUCUGGCAGGAACUUCUAUUUGGUUCUCUACCUUUAAUAUAACAUUCCAUAUCAUUUUAUUAUAUUAUAUAUUAUUUAAUUAUUCUAUAUUAUAUUAUCUAUAACAUUGAUAUAACAUAUAUAUCAAUCAUUCUACCUAUCAUUACAGAAGUUGCUAGAUAUGUAAAAAUCAUUUCUGAAGACCCCUUAAAAUUAAUUUAAAUUCUUAGCUCAUUAAAUUCUCUAAAGGUUGUAUACAAGCUGCAACAAAACUUUAAGUUACGACUAUUUUUAAAUCUUAAUACAAAAAAAGUGUUUAGCUAAAGGUUAAAUUAGUCACAAAAAGGUUAAGUAACUAACAGGUGAACUUAACAAAGAAGUGAUAAGUAACUCAAAAGGUAUAGUCUAAUCAAAGAAGAUGAGAACUAAAAAAUGGGCAGUCCUGCAGAAAGCCUCUGAUGUGGGGGCAGCUGGGUAGCUCAGUGGAUUGAGAGCCAAGCCUAGAGACAGGAGGCCCUGGGUUCAAAUAUGGCCUCAGACACUUCCCAGCUGUGUGACCCUGGGCAAGUCACUUGACCCCCAUUGCCUAUCUCUUACCACUCUUCUGCCAUGGAGCCAAUGCACAGUAUUGACUUCAAGACGGAGAAGGUAAGUGUUUAAAAAAAAAAAAAGAAAAGAAAAGCCCCUGAUGUGAUUGGUAGACAUGAAAAUUUAGAGGAGGGGACACAAGAGUAAAGGGUCUAUAUAUUUUGCAUCACUUCCUCUCUCCGGUACCUUUGGCAGGGAGAGGUGGCUGGUGACAGUGUGCUGGGCCUCUCAGCAUCUUGGUGUGGCAACAGCUAUUGUCUGGUUUGGUGGUGAGUUUCUGGUUGAGUUUUUUCUUCCUUUACUUUCCAAACUUUAUCCUCUUAGAAGCCUCUAAUCUCCUUGAGAGACCUAGCAGCAGAGAUCUUGAAUUCCCACUGGCGCAGGCCAGGUGGGAGAAAACCUAUACCCUCUUCCCUCUUUCUCCUUAAAAUCUUUCCCUCUAUAUUAAUUAAAAUUACCAUAAAUUUCCAGACUGACUUGGGUAUUUUAUUUGGGAUUUUUUCCCUGGCAACCAAUUAAUUUAGAUUUUAAGUCACAACCUUAAAAUUAUCUUUAUAAGAGAAGGAAAAAGCCAAAACAUAAAGACAAAAUCCCAAAAAUAAACUCAUCUGCUUGAGCCCAUAUUCCUCAGUUCCUCUGAAGGGAGUGGGGUUUCCACUCUGUCCAUAUGAAUAGUUCCUGGGAAAAACUGCAAGACCACAGUUGACACAAAUAUCCUGAGAAAACUUCAAGGCCACAGUCAAGACAGAUAACCGGGAAAAACUAAGACAUCCUCCCCAAGGCCAAAACUGUUGAAACAGACAAGGUCACAAGAACAAGGCCUGUUCUUUUCAGCUGCUCUAUAUAUGUGCAUUCCCAAUCCUACCGGGGCACGGUUCUUUUGGGGAACCGUCCUAGUGCUAGUAAAUAAACCUCUCCCUACUGUU